CGUCCGUGUUCACGGACCUGCUGACGACAGCUGGUCUAGGUGUGACGCCACUGGCUACUAGUGACGCCAACUACAGCAGGUGGUGACGCCAACUACUAGACGGUAUCUGCUUUGUAUCCCCUAUGUUUCUCUCACGGAUCUCGCCCGACGUAAGUGUGGGCACGCUUUAUAUGGUUGCGUAUGGUUGCCUGAACCACACGGAAGAGCCGCUUAUUGAUGUGUGGUUUCCGAUCAUCAGGGGAAGCGACAGUUUGAGGCCAUAGCGUCCAAGAUAGAUGAGGAUGACCGCCGGCUCGUACGCAUCAAGGAGCUGCGCAAGUCGGUGCGUGAUUCACGGGACAGCCUGGAGAAGAGGGCUCUGCGUCUGGCCGAGGACCAGCAGAAUACCGACGCCCGAAUGCGGACGACCGAGAUGACACUCGAGAAGUGGAACGAAGAGGCGACUGAGCUGGAAGGCAAGUUCAAUGACUUCCUCAGGCUGGCGCAGCGUGUGGCGCCGUCCGAAGGCGAGGCGCCCUCGGGUAGUGUGACUCUGCCGUCGCAGUACUUCCAGGACCUGUAUGUGCGGCUAGGGCGACAGCUGUGGCAACUCAAGAUGCGCCUCAAGGAGGUCGACGAGGCCAUCCAGAUGAUGCAGCAGGACGCCCAGGCGACCCAGGGCACCUGGCUGUCCCUCCACCUCUCACGUAUCGAGAAAAUCUUCCGCGCACAGCACUACAACUACAAGCACCUCGCCGUCACCCUCUCGCGACUGUCCAAGCAGGUCGACGGCCUUAAGGCUGUGGCCGCCCGCAACCCCCAGGUGGCCGACCUCCUGGCCAAGAAGGCGCCCCACGCUGUAUCCGGCCCCCCACUGGACCUCCCACAUGCCGCCGCACGGCAGGCUGGUAUCCAAGCCACGCUGCUCGGGCCUCUCGCCGGUGCUGGAUCGAGCCUGCUGUUCGGCCAGCCGCAGCCCCAAGCCGCCGCUUCGCCGCUCUUCACCAGCCCUCAGCAGACGGGAGGCCUGGGGGCAUCCCUCUUCAGUGCGCCGCAGGGGCCCGGGGGAGGGCUUUUCGGUGCGUCGAGUCAGGGAGCCACCACCAGCUUGUUUGGCGCGUCGCAGCCUGCCAGGGGCGGUAUCUUCGGUGCCCAGUCUGGCCAGCAGCAGACUGCGGGUCUCUUCGGUGCCACAACCGCCGGCGGUCUGCCUGGCGGUGCUGCGGGCGCUGCAUUUCUCACGCCUCAGACGCAGCAACAGCAACAGCAGCCGCACUUUGGCACUGCGGCUCCGUUCGUAAGAAGGUAGGAUAGGUGGUUGGUAGCUGUCGCUUCGCUGGCAUCGUGCCGUUGUCGGUAUGCAUGAUAGACUGAAUGGACCGACUGGAUGUGUGAGUGUGGUACAUUGCUGGCAUACGAUUCGUCUCAACUGCCCACCUAUCGAGGUGGCUUUGUGUGAAACUGCCAGCGAGGACAACCAGUGUCAAUCACUCAAAAUGAAUGGAUGUAUUGAUUAUCUCCUGUAUCAGACG